AGAGACAAGGCUAGGAGCAUCGGAUCGCCAUGCCUUUCUUGGACAUCCAGAAAAGGUUCGGCCUUAACACAGAUCGAUGGUGGACAAUCCAGAGUGCUGAACAGCCCUACAAGCUUGCUACUCGAUGCCAUGCUUUUGAAAAAGAAUGGAUAGAAUGUGCACAUGGAAUUGGUGCUAUCCAGGCAGAGAAAGAGUGCAAGAUAGAAUAUGAUCUUGUAGAGUGUUUGCUUUGGCAGAAAACGAUGAGACGUGCGGGUGCCAUCAGGAGGCAGCGGGAUAAGCUGAUAAAGGAAGGGAAGUACACCCCUCCACCUCAUCACAUUGGCAAGGAGGAGCCUCGGCCCUAAGCAGAGCAGCUGCUGAUGUCUGGAAGCUGAUUUUCCCAUUCUCUGUUCUCCACUGGAAAGGUUGUUUAUGAAAAACCUCCUUGUCAAAGUGUGUAAAAAUAAAGGAUUGCUCCAUCCUAUUCAAAAAAAAAAAAAAAAAAAAAAAAAAA